AUGUCAGCUUCGCAGUCCUCUAGAUCUUCGACUUCAACGUUGUGUAAGGAGAACUCGCUCUACGAUAUCUUUCAGCAAGACGCCGGCACAUCGCUCUUUGUGAUACCCAUUUGCUGGACAGAUUUACACGCUCAGCUGCUCGGCGCGAGAUGGGAGGAACUGCCGCCAUGCGAUACACCUCAACCGUCAGGGGCCCCAGGCACGCCACCAUCGCGAGGACAUUUGAGUCCAUCGAACACCAUCAUCAGCCUUAGCAACGCGCUCACGCAGAUUCUCCUACCCAAACCAUUGCGUUCUAUUCUAUCCUCAAAUGCUGUCAAGUCAGUUCUCAACACGCUGUGGCCUACACCUUUCAACAAGCCACAGUAUCUUCCCGAACUCCAUCUAUAUUUUGGUGGCUUCGUUUAUCAUGAUGCUGUACACGCGCAGCUUAUGUGGAAUUACCCAACUGAGGACGCAAAGUCUUCAAAAUCUUCAUUCGAAUCACUUUCAACGGAAACCGCUGAGUCUUCCAACAUCUCAAAGCAAUCGUCUCCCAAGUACAGCCCUGCCAACCUACCUAUGAUCUGUUACAUUGGCAAGACUCAAUUAGCCUCCAUCCGAAACGACCUUUUUCGCGCCCCUUCUGGACCUGGACGAACAGAUAACGAACCCGUGGCUCGCCUCCAGGAGCUGCGGGCUCGUAUGCUCGUACCCUCAAAUUCCGAUCACGAUGCUCAUUUCGUGGGCAUCUUUCUAGGGAUGUCGCAGAAGUACUUCUACCCUGCCCCAUCUGACGAAAACAAAGCCAAACACAAAUCACGCAUUUCAUCACUACAAGGCAUUCCACCAAGCCCCAACUUCCACGACAUGAAGUUGAAAAUUAUGACUCACGACAUUGAUACAUCCGAGUUUAUUGUCUACACUGGUUACAUCACAAAGGAGUUCUUGGAGAAGUUUCACAAUCCCUUCAAGGCUCCAGCUAAUGAUGACGACGCUAUGGUUUCUGGUCUCAAGAUUGAGUACACAAGAGUUCCUAUCUGGCCGAUUCUGGGACUCAGAGAGAGACUUGGCAAAGCUCUAGGCCAAGAGAUUGUCGGAACCUUCGAUCCAGAUAAGAUGGAGACCUGGGAGGAAGACCCUGAGAAGCCACGUGGCGAGAAGCGCGAGCGCGCAUCCUCACUGAGCCCGUCAGAAGAUACUGAGGAGGAACCAGAAAUCAUUUCAAAGAAACGGUGCCUGAGCGAGGGCACGCCUGUGGGCGUGGUGAUGUGA